GUUCUAACAGGUUGAGAGUUUUCAACAGACGGUGCUAUUUAACUUUCCACUGAACCGUUUAACAACAUGUUUCAUGUUUUUACCUUGUUCUGUUUAUCCUGCUGGAGCCUGACCGGUAUGUUUGGGGAAGAAAAAACUGAAAUGCAGUCUGUGUCAGUGAUGGAGGGAGAUUCUGUGUUUCUAUACACUAAUGUUACUGAAAUGCAAGAAAAUGACAACUUAUUGUGGAUGUUUAGAGAUAAAGAAGUAGUUAGAAUUAAUAUUAGGAAGCAAAUAUAUUUAAUAAAUAAUGAUUCUGACGGGAGAUUCAGAAACAGACUGAAGCUGGACGAUCAAACUGGAUCUCUGACCAUCACAAACAUCACGACUCAACACGCUGGAGUUUAUAAACUAGAGAUAAGGUCAGCACAGCUGUCCAAAAAACUAUUCAGUGUUUCUGUCUAUGUUCAUCUGUCUGUUCCUGUCAUCAUCAGUAACUCACAAUGUUCUUCAUCAUCAUCAUCAUCCUCAUCAAAUUGUUCGUUGUUGUGUUCGGCGGUGAACGUGAGUCAUGUGACUCUCUCCUGGUACAAAGGAAACAGUUUAUUGUCCAGCAUCAGUGUGUCUGAUCUCAGCAUCAGUCUCUCUCUACCUCUGGAGGUGGAACAUCAGGAUAAAAACAUCUACAGCUGUGUGAUCAACAACCCCAUCAGAAACCAGACCACACAUCUGGACAUCAGUCAGCUCUGUCACAUGUGUUCAGAAGCAGAGCCUAACUUUUAUUUACAACAAGACUCACUCCUUAAAGUUCUGAUUUCUGCUGCCGGAGGAACUAUGUUGACUGUUGCUGUAAUCGGGGGCCUCUGCACCUGCAGGAAGUGUAAAAAAAUGCUAACAAAGGCAAGUGUUAGCUUCUGUUUUUCAACAUGUUUAAUUGAACAUUUCUAUGAAUGAUAAUGGUUUAUAUGUUGAGCUCCAGUGACGUUUAUGGAUUAAUAAAUAUUGCACAAACCAUUAUAAUGUCAAAUUCAAAAAUCAUGUUUAAAAAUGUGUAGUUUGCUCUGUAUUGUUUUGUAGGAUGCUCGAUUUUUCACUGUUUCCAUUUCAGUCAGUGUGCUGAACUCAAGCUCUGUCGUGAAGCCUGUUUUUAGCAUCCAACACACCAAAGAAGCCAAUUUUAAAAGCAUUUCUUGU